UGACGGAGGAGCACUUCCGGGUCAGGCGGAGUUCCAGGAAGUAAAGAAAACAAACAUUUUAAGUUGCCGUUCGUGUCGAAGCUGUUCAUAUUAAACACAUCAAUUAUAUUUGAAUAAAUCGUCGAGGGACAACAUGGCGACCACCAUCAGCACACAGCGGGGAGAAGUGUACGUGGGCGAGCUCCCCCAGGACUUCCUGCGCAUCACGCCAACCCAUCAUCAUCAUCCUCAUCCUCAUCAUCAUCAGGUCCAGCUAGAUGCGCAGGCCGCACGACAGCUACAGUACGGCGGCGCCAUCGGAACCGUGGGACGGCUCAGCAUCACCGUGGUGCAGGCGAAGCUGGCCAAGAACUACGGCAUGACUCGCAUGGACCCGUACUGCCGCGUGCGUCUGGGCUACGCCGUCUACGAGACGCCGACGGCGCACAAUGGCGCCAAAAACCCCAGAUGGAAUAAAGUCAUCCAGUGCACGCUGCCGCCCGCCGUCGACUCCUUCUACCUGGAGAUAUUCGACGAGCGGGCGUUCUCUAUGGACGACCGCAUCGCGUGGACCCACGUGAGCAUCCCCGAGGGCGUGCGAGAGGGCGGCGUGGUGGACGAGUGGUACACGCUGAGCGGCCGGCAGGGCGACGACAAGGAAGGCAUGAUCAACCUGGUCAUGUCCUUCGCCUCGUUCCCGGCGGGGAUGAUGAGUCAGCCCGUGGUCCUAAUGCCCUCCGUGUACCAGCAAGGCGUCGGCUACGUGCCCAUCGCAGGCGUGCCGCCCGUGUACAACCAGGGCGGCGCGGUCCCCGUGACGUCGCCGCCGGGCGGAGGCGGCGUGGCUCCGAUUCCGGCGGUGUGCACGGAGGAGGACCUGAAGGCGCUCCAGGACAUGUUCCCCAACCUGGACCCGGAAGUGGUGCGCACAGUUCUGGAGGCGCAGCAGGGCGACAAAGACGCCGCCAUCAACUCGCUGCUCCAGAUGGCCGAGGAGCUCUAACGCAACGACCGACAUCCCGCGUUACUUUGGGGGGACGGGGGGGGGGUUGGGGGGGGGCGACAAAAGACGAAUGUCACGUCAGGACGUCACGUGACCCGCUCUCGGCCAACCGGACGAGCCGAUCGGCUCACUGCUGUUCAGCAAACGUGACGUUUUUGUUCUUUUCUUCGUCUGCUGUCGUACCAAAUGUUUCUCGCCUCGCCAACAUCGUGUUAAACGACAAAAUAAUGUAUCACAUAUAUCAAGUAAAACAACAAACGAAAACUCAGCGCGUGUGCUUUAAAUGUAAGCUAUAUAUAAAUAAAUAUGUAUACACACAAGAAUACAAACAUGUCUGGUGUUUGUUUGAUUUAGAUGACUGAAGUUUGAGGUUUGGUCGUAUUUUUCUUUUCAUAAAAAAAAAAGAAAUUAAAAAUUAUCGGGGUGUUUUUUAUGGUUUCUUUCUUUGCAAUUUGUUUGCCAAAUCCGGCCUUUUGAUUAUUCUUUGCCGUUUUGACAACGGAACAUCAAAAUUUCGAUGAAUGAUGGCCUGACGCUCAAAGGGAUCAACGAAAUAAGAAAAUGCGUCCACUCAAACAAUUGCACAACAAAUGUCGAAGGAUCCUAGAAAGUUCAAUGUCAUCGAACUAAUAAAGGCCGAGUGAAUCAUCAAAAUCGUCAAAUGAAGAUCAAAAAUAGAGCUAUCAAAAAACACCCAACAAUUAUUGAUGUGU